UCCCAUGUGCGGGGACGUGUUCUACACAGUCUGCCACACGGACUCUGACCAGCACGAGUUCCACUACCGUCGCUCGGUGAAUGCCUGCGUCGAGACGGCCACUGACACCGUGCACUCUUGCAACCGUGGCGUCAACAGGUUCGCGUCGAUUGCCCUGUGCCGCCGAAGUUGCGUGCGCACGAGGCAAAGGCCUGCCGAGGAGUGUUUCGCCAAGCCGCUGUUCACCAGCUGCGCCAGACAAGACGUGCUCUCCAGCUGGUGGUUCUUUGAGGGCCGCAAGUGUGUCCCAUGGAACUUCCCGUCGGGCGGGUGUCCGGCCGACGACAGCGCCGUCUUCCGUACGGCCCACGAAUGCCGAACGCAGUGCUUGGGAGGACUCCGGCGUUCCCCGUGCGGUCCACCUCAGGCUGUUGCAUGCGACCAACGUCACCUAAAGUACCCGUUCUUUGCCGAUUUGUCCACGAGCGAUGGCCGCAUCCGGUGCCUGCGCUCAUCGCCCGGUGUGCUGCGUGACCUCCGGUGCCUGACUGGCGCAAACCGGUUUCGCACCCGCGAAGCCUGCAUGGUCACGUGCGAAAACAGGCCGACGAGCUGAGUGCUGGCUGAGAAGAUUUGCCUUAUUUGCAAUAUAACGUUUACAACGGG